CUUCCUCAGCAAGGACGGAUUUCCUCUCUCUCUCUCUCUCUCUCUCUCUCUCUCUCUCAAGUCCAAUGAUAUUUUCUGCAGACGGUGACGUCAUCGCCCAUGAAUUUUUGCUUUACUCGUUUUGACCUAGGAGAAUCUCUCUGUUUUCCAUGCUCAACCAUUUGUUUUCUUCGUGAUUUCCCCAACAAGUCUGAGAUUUCUCUCCCUGCUUCGUAGUUUUUUUCAUCGAAGAUUCUUUUUGGGGGAGAAUAAUAAUGGAGCUCGAUUUUGUUACGAGCAACUUGCUUGACGAUGACGCUGUUGAAGUCGGAUCAAAUGUCACCGAUUUUGCUGGAAUUGAAGGCGAGAGAUGCGGGAUUUGCAUGGAUAUUAUCAUUGAUAGAGGUGUUCUUGAUUGCUGUCAGCACUGGUUUUGCUUUGAGUGCAUCGAUAACUGGUCUACGAUUAUGAAUCUUUGUCCUCUUUGUCAGAGCGAGUUUCAGUUGAUUACAUGUGUCCCUGUGUAUGAUAUAGGUGGGAGUGGCAAAGAUGGUGAGGAUUCAUCAUCCAGAGAUGAAGAUUGGUGCGUUGAGGGGAAGACUGAUGCCUUCUCUUCUCCAUCGCACUAUAUUAACGAAAAUGCAGUUAUAUGUCUAGAUGGACUUGGCUGCAAAAUCCGGCAGGACCCUUCUUGCAUUGAAGGGGAUUCCAGCCUUGAUACAUCAAUUGCUUGUGAUUCUUGCGACAUAUGGUAUCAUGCUUUUUGUGUGGGUUUUGAUCCUGAAAGUGCAUCUGACGAUACAUGGAUAUGCCCAAGAUGUCUCUCUAAUGAAAAGCCUCAAGAAUCUGAUGCUGCAACAAUGGAGGCAGGAAAGUCUGAGUAUUUUCCAGAGAAAUCGAAUAGUGGAUGCUCAGGCGAGGCUGUUUUCUCUGGAAGUUUUUCAGUUGCAGUUGCUGAUGAAGGUGAGACGGCUAUUGUUGUUUCGAUUGUCAAAGGAAAUGAGUGGCACAUGGAACCAAGUGAAACCACCCCAUCACUGGCUCAAGCAAAGAUGGAUGGAUGCCCUGAUAAUUCUCAUCUGGAAACAUGUAGUAUGAAUGACAUUAAGGAGCAGGUCCCAGGAAAACAGGAGUUGAAGCUGUCCUUAUCACAUGAGAUAUCAUCUGGUUUACCUUCAGACUCGAUGCCGCAAUUGUUUGGCGAACAUUUGGAGAAUGGUACUGGUAUCUUGAUUGAACAAGGCAAGUUGUUUUGUGCAACCAUCAAUAGUUCAGAUAUUUCUAACAUUAUCAGUGCAAAGAGAAAGCAUUCGGAUUGCGGUGGUAAUGAUGACGAUACGGAAACUAAGACCGAGAUUGUAGAGAAACUCAAGAGGUCUAAACCAGGGGAAAAGGAAAAGGAGGAAACAAUGUCGAUGGACCAUGAGAACAUAUCCACUUCAAAUGAUGCUACUGUUGAUAUAUUGGACAUUGUUAAAGGAACCAGUCACAAGCCUUUAAAGAGAUCUUUGCAUCCAAAUCUUAUCGAUAAAGUUUCAGAAGGAGAGAAUGUUGCUGGUUUGAGGGUAAAGAAGAUUAUGCGUACAACAGCCGAUGAGAAAGAGUCUUCGGUCCUCGUUGAGAAACUAAGGAAGCAAAUAAGAGAAGCUGUUCGUAACAAAUCGGCGAAUGACAUUGGAGAAAACCUUUUUGAUCCAAAACUCUUGGCUGCCUUCAGAGCUGCUAUAGCAGGACCCAAAACUGAAGAACCACCUAAAACGUUGUCGCCUGUGGCAGUGAAGGCGAAGAAGUUGAUGCUGCAGAAAGGAAAAGUUCGUGAGAAUCUCACGAAAAAGAUCUAUGCAGAUUCCAAUGGGAAGCGCAGAAGUGCAUGGCACCGGGACUGUGAAGUUGAGUUUUGGAAGCAUCGUUGCAUAAGAACUAGAAAGCCUGAAAAGAUUGAGACUCUGAAGUCUGUUUUAAGCCUCUUAAGGAAGAAUCCAGUUGACACGGACAAAAAUUUGUCAUCUAAAAACCUCCACCAGGCUUCAAAUCCUAUUCUCUCCAGAUUGUACUUGGCAGAUACCUCUGUUUUCCCGAGAAAAGAUGAUAUCAAGCCUCUUUUGACGUUGAAAGAAACGGGAAGCUCCCACAACAAUGCAAAGGCCACGGAAACGGACAAGAUUUUACCAAAUGUCAGUGCUGCGAAGGGGACAAACUCCCAUACUGUUGGGUCGAAGGGUUCGGAUAAAUCACAUCCAAACAAACGAUCAGAUGGAACAUCCAAUUCUGCAUCGAGUAACUCUAAAGAAACAUCGGGGAAGUCAGAUGAUCUGAAGAAAGACAAAAGGAAGUGGGCAUUGGAGGUUCUUGCAAGGAAGAAAUCUUUAUCCCUUGACAACUCAAGCCAAGACAAAGAAGGAGACACUGUGAUGCUUAAAGGGAAUUACCCCUUAUUGGCUCAACUUCCGGUAGAUAUGAGACCAGAUUUGGCGACCAGUCGCCACAACAAAGUUCCCGUUUCAGUUAGGCAGAUACAGCUAUACCGCCUGACAGAGCAUUUUCUUAAGAAAGCAAAUCUUCCAGUUAUCCGAAGGACUGCAGCCACGGAGCUAGCCAUUGCGGAUGCUAUAAAUGUCGAGAAGGCAAUCGCCGACAAAUCAAGCAGCAAAGUUGUGUAUUUGAAUCUAUGUUCACAGGAGAUACUGCACCAUUCAGAGAGUAAAGUAUUGGACAAAACUGCGGAUCAGAGUUCUUUGUCAUCGCCUGCUGAUGACGAAUCAAAUCAAACUACUGACAAGACUUCAGAUGAUCAAGCCGUUCUCCAAGCACUCAGAACCGCAGGUCUCGUGUCUGAUUCACCACCAAACAGCCCAGUAUGUUCGGCGGAAGUCUUGCCGGAUAAAGCAGGCAACUCCUUGGACAAAUCGAGAGAGGAAGACCACCCGGACAAUGUACUCGACAUAGAUGUAAAUCCUGAGGUAGACAUAUACGGGGAUUUCGAGUAUGAUUUGGAUGAUGAAGACUUUAUGGGGGUUACCACAGCUGCGAAAGCCUUAGAAACACAGCCAGAAGAAGAUCUAACAAAGGUGAAGGUAGUUCUAAAUAGCCUCAAACCCGAAAAACCAGCGGUUGAUCCCGACGUUUCCGAGGAUGAAAACACACGGGCGAUCCAGAAUGCAACUGAAGAUGGCGGGAUCAAGCCCGUAGAUGUGGAAGAGGAAGGUGGUGAGACAUUUUCAUUGGCGGAAUGUCAAGAACUGUACGGUCCUGAUAAAGAGCCAGUGGUGGUAGAAGAGAACAAUCUUCCGAGUGUGAAAGCACUUGAUUCCGAGUGUGAAAGCAACGUGCACAAAGAGUUCAUCGGUUCUAACUUCGAGAACUCUAAUAUGGAGGAAGAGAAAUCGUCGUCCAGAAGGGUUCAAAAGAGGAAACAGAAAGAACAGAAAGACAAUACAAAUACCGAAGAUGGGUCUACUAGCUCUGUCACCAAGAAGGUGGAGGCGUACAUAAAAGAACACAUAAGACCGCUGUGCAAGAGCGGAGUGAUAAACGUCGAUCAGUACAGGUGGGCGGUGACCAAAGCUACCGAGAAAGUAAUGAAGUAUCACACCGACGCUAAGAGCGCAAAUUUCUUGAUCAAAGAAGGGGAGAAGGUCAAGAAACUGGCCGAACAGUACGUCGAGGCGGCAGCCACCUCUUCGUCCCAGCGGAAGGAGAAGUGAUAUGUGCUCAGGUCUGAGACUGUUUCCUCGCUCUGUUUAAGCUUUUCAUCCAUAGUCUAUGCUUUUUUUUUACCACGAUAUGUUAUUCGGUAAAUAUGAAGAGUUUUAAGAAAGUGGUUUUGAAUUCCGGAAACAUAAAUUUACUCGAAAUGGCAAAGAUUA